AUGUUGCUGAAGCUGCAACUAUUGUACACCCACACACCCAUCCUCUCAAACGCAAACGCGGUUCUCCUGUCAGAGAAGGCUGAGCAAGUUACCCCCACAAGCAGAAAACAGAGACUCCCUCUUCAUAAUGGAACCUGCACGGUUAAGCCAGACACCCAUUUAAAGAAAUGCCGUCCGGUGAAGAAUCCAGAAGAGGGUGUUGCCAAAAAUAGCAAACCGGAGAAGACGCACACCAAGUGUUCGAUGAAACGCGUCUCUUACGGUGGAUGCAUUCCCGCGAUUUUAGAAGCCUUGGAUGCGGUUCUUGACUUGGAUGAGGCUCUUGGGCCGUGGGAAGACAGGCUCAACAACAAGGAGAGGAGCAUUAUUUUGAAGGAGCAGUUGAAGUGGAGUAGAGCUUUAGAGAUUUUUGAGUGGUUUAACCAGAAAGGUCAUGAACUGAACGUGAUUCAUUACAACAUCAUGCUGAGGAGCCUCGGUAGGGCACGCCAGUGGAUACGCGUGGAGAAUUUGUGGGAUGAGAUGAAUGCCAGAGGCAUUGUUGCCACCAGUUCUACUUAUGGAACUUUGAUUGAUGUUUAUAGCAAAGGAGGGCGCAGAGACGAGGCGCUUUUUUGGCUUGACAUGAUGUUGGGAAAUGGGGUGGAGCCUGAUGAGGUGACUAUGGUGAUUGUUGUUCAGUUAUAUAAGAAAGCAGGAGAGUUUAAAAAAGCCGAGGAAUUUUUCAAAAAGUGGUCUUCCGGUAAACCUUUGAGGAGCAAAAGCAAACCGUUGAGAAGAAAUGAUGAAGUGGUGGAUACUCGGGAAUUGGAUGAGAGGGUGCCGUGUGCUAAUGUCUCAUUCAGCUUCCAUACUUACAAUACCUUGAUUGAUACAUAUGGAAAGGCUGGUCAACUUAAAGAGGCAUCGGAGACUUUCAUGGAGAUGCUUAAACAAGGUGUGGCACCUACCACAGUUACAUUUAAUACGAUGAUUCACAUUUGUGGAAACCAUGGACAAUUAGAGGAAAUGAGUUUGCUUGUCCAAAAAAUGGAAGAGCUUCGAUGUUCGCCUAACACAAGAACGUAUAAUAUUCUUAUCUCUCUGUAUGCUAAGCAUAAUGAUAUAGAUAUGGCAACAAAGUAUUUUGAAACAAUGAAGGCGGCUCAUCUGGAACCCGAUCUUGUGAGCUACCGUACUCUCUUGUAUGCAUACUCGAUAAGGAAAUUGGUUCGUGAAGCAGAAGAGCUUAUAAGAGAGAUGGAUGAGAGGGGUCUUGAAAUUGACCAAUAUACCCAGUCUGUGUUGACUAGGAUGUACAUAGAAGCAGGAAUGCUUGACAGGUCUUUGCUAUGGUUUCUGAGGUUUCACAUAACUGGCAAUAUGACAUCUGAGUGCUACGCUGCAAACAUUGAUGCGUAUGGGGAGCAUGGGCAUACUUUGGAAGCUGAGAAAGUCUUCAUUUUGUGCCAAGAACGGAAGAAUCUCAGUGUCCUUGAGUUCAAUGUGAUGAUUAAAGCCUAUGGCUUAGGGAAAUGCUAUGAGAAAGCAUGUCAGUUGUUUGACAGUAUGGAGAAAUAUGGUGUAGUUGCAGACAGAUGCAGCUAUACUUCUCUGUUACAAAUUUUGGUGAGCGCUGACCAGCCAAAUAUUGCCAAAACUUAUCUGAAAAAAAUGCAAGAGGUAGGACUAGUAAGUGAUUGCAUCCUAUACUGUGCUGUGAUUUCUAGCUUCGCAAAAUUAGGCCAAUUGGAAAUGGCUGAAGAUUUAUACAGGGAAAUGAUUAACCAUGGUGUUCAGCCUGAUGUUAUAGUUUAUGGCAUAUUGAUCAAUGUUUUCUCUGACGUAGGAAGGGUUAAAGAAGCCAUCAGUUAUGUUGAUGAAAUGAACAAAGCUGGCUUGCCAGGGAAUACAGUUAUUUAUAAUUCUCUGAUCAAGUUGUAUGCAAAAGUUGACAAUCUCGAAAGAGCACAAGAAGCAUACAAGUUGCUCCAAUUAUCAGAAGAAGCUCCUACUGUAUAUUCUUCAAACUGUAUGAUUGAUCUUUAUGUUAAGCGAUCUAUGGUUGACGAAGCAAAAGAGAUAUUUGAGACCUUAAAGGAAACUGGAGCUGCAAAUGAAUUUACGUUUGCGAUGAUGCUGUGUUUGUAUAAGAAAAGUGAGAUGUUUGAUGAAGCCAUUCAAGUUGCAAAGCAGAUAAGAAAAUUGGGAAACUUGACAGGUUUAAGUUAUAAUAAUGUGCUUGAUGUGUAUGCGAUUGCUGGCAGACCCAAAGAAGCAAUGGAGACUUUCAAGGAAAUGUUAAGAGCUUCCAUUCAAGUUGAUAAUUAUAGUUUUAGAUCGCUUGGAAAUCUUUUGCUGAGAUAUGGGGUAUCAAGGCAGGCUGUUGGCAAAUUACAAGUGUUGGUGAAAAAGGGUGCUUCCAACGGUUUGCUGGCGUGGAUGUCAGCACUUUCAAGUGUUCUUGAAGUUGAUGAUUAUGAUCCUGACUAG